AUGUCUUACUACCCUAACCAACCUCAAUACGGUGGAUAUCCUCAACAAGGACCUCCCCAGGGCCACCAUCAGCCUCCCCAUCCAAACCAGCAAUACGGCGCCCCGCCACAGGGUCACUACCCUCCUCCCCAACAAGGCCCCUAUCCCCCUCAGCAAGGACAUUACCCACCACCCCAACAGGGUCACUACGGAGCUCCCCCACAAGGAAGCCCAUACGGCGCACCCUCCCCUCAACCCCCAGCCGGAUACCACGCCCCAUCCCCGCAACCACCAUACGGCCAGGCACCACACGGCUAUGCCCCUCCCCAGAGCCAGCCACCACCCGGCGGUCCCGGUUUCGCGCAUGGCCAACCUCCAGUCGGAUACGGCGCACCACCAGCAGCCGGUGGAUUCCCGCCCCAAGGCAUGCCCUCGGCACCUUCAUUAGGCUACAUCCCGGGCCAAGUCGCACCAGGCGACUUCCGGCCCCAAUGCGACCAACUCCGCAAAGCGAUGAAGGGCUUCGGAACUGACGAAAAGGCCCUAAUUGCCGUCCUUGCCCGUCUCGAUCCCCUCCAGAUGGCCGCUGUCCGCGAUACAUACUCCAAGCACCUCGGUCGCGAUCUCUACAAGGACGUCAAGUCCGAGACGGGUGGUUACUUCGGCGACGGUCUUCUGGCCGUCCUUGACGGUCCGCUCCUGCACGAUGUCGAGUGUAUACAUCUCGCAAUUGACGGCGCAGGCACGAAGGAAUGGCUCCUCAAUGAUAUCCUCCUCGGUCGCUCAAACGCCGACAUGAACGCCAUCCGCACGGCCUACGAAAUGCGCUAUAAACGAUCCCUCUCAAAGGACGUCGAGAAUGACCUCUCCUUCAAGACGAGCGAUCUCUUCACUACUGUUAUCCGCGCGGCCCGCCAUGAGGAAUCAAUGCCUGUCAACCCGCAGGUUAUCGAGGCUGAUGUCCGUUCCCUGCAGGGUAAGAAGAAUAUUACGGAGACAUGUGCUAUCUUUGCUCGCGCUUCUAAUGCCGAGCUAAGGGCUAUCAAUCAGAAUUUCCAGUCGAGGUAUAAUAUUCCCCUGGAGAAACAGAUUGAGAAGGAGUACUCGGGUCAUAUGGAAGAUGCGUUGCUUGUUAUGCUGCGCUCUGCUACUGAUCCUGCUAUGCGUGAUGCUAUCUUGUUGGAGGAGUGUAUGCGUGGUAUGGGGACCAAGGAUGAGAAGCUCGUUAUUCGUGUUGUGCGUGUUCAUUGGGAUCGGAAUCAUAAGGAGAUGGUUAAGCGGGCGUAUCAGCAUCGCUUUGGGAAGAAUCUUGUGGAUCGGGUUCGCGGUGAGACUUCUGGGGAUUAUGGAAGAUUGAUGGUUGCUCUUCUUGAGUAG